GAAUUACAGCAUGUUACACCAUAAUGAAAAUACUACAUGUGGUUUUGAAGAAAAAGAAUGUUUACUACGAUAAAAAAGCCACAAACAGCUCAUCCCUUUCUGUGUCACAGCUGCAAAAUCCUGAUUACUGGAGGAUUGUUGAAGGACAGUUUGGUGACAUGUUAGUUGGUCAGGAUGGGGACAUUAUGCUGGAGGCAUCAACUUGGAAAUGCAUUCAGGAGAAGUUAAAUGAACCAACAUUCAAAGACCUCCUACAAACUCUAGGCAAAAAAAUGGAAAAAUGCUCAGAUCCGCAGAGACUUGUAAGCCAGCCAGUUUUUAAAGAAUUCAUAGAAUCAAAUUCCCCAAAACUGUUUAAGAUCAUCCUUGACAGUAUUCUCUCUGAACAUCAUGGGGAAAAAAGAGCAGACCUGCAGGAGCAAAGGGCAACAGCUGUUAUAUGGCAGCUACUAUAUUACAGAAAUCAGAGACAUGAUGAAUUCCUGGACGAAAGUUCGAUCCUCUUAGAGCUGCAUGGCCUCCAAUCCAGUGGAAUGGCUCCUGGAAAAGUGUUAGGAUUUGCAAGGGAUGAUGGGAAAACUAACACUCAGAAGAGACACAGUAUGGCAUCUAGUAUUGCACAGUAUUGCAUCUAGAUUUGCAAGGGAUGAUGGGAAAACUAACACUCAGAAGAGACACAGUAUUGCAUCUAGUCAUCUGGAGAGGGCAGAAUACAUGGUUUGCCAAGCAAUUCAAAGACAGAAAUCCUUUCAAAUACUAUGCAUGGAUGAUUUCCACAACAUCAACACAGUUAAAAAACCAACAGAGCAAAUACUUACUAAUGCUGUCCAUAUGACAACUCUUCUCAUGGACAUACAGUCAUCU